AUGCGGCUGGUUGUGUUGCUAGCGUUUGUUGUCAGUUUUGUGAGUUAUGAGCCAGCGUUCGGUGCUGAGGGAAAUGCCUUGAAAUCAUAUUUAACGGAUUCUUCGUGGGAAGAUGUUAUAUCAGCGGGAGGAAUGCACAUCGGGCAGGGAAGAGCAAAGCGGUUCAUCGGGUUAAACACAACCACGCCAAAUAUAGCUUACCAGGUAUGCGUAACGCCAAAAGGUAAAAGAGGCCGAUGUAGGCAUGUGCAGCACUGCGUCUUGGAGGAUUUCAAAACUGAUUUCAUGAAGUAUAUGGAUUACCUUUGCGUUAUAAAACACUCUUCUUUAGGAGCGUGCUGCCCGGAUGAGUCUGGCCCGGAGGCUUUGGCUGGUGAACUACCCGCGACCGCAUCAAAAGACGAAUCCCAAGUCAUCAGUAAGAUUGUUCGCGCCGAAAACAGAGGAUGCGGUCUGAGCACGCGGCCUAUGGGCAGAGUGGUGGGUGCCCGCCCCGGCAACCCCCGGGACUGGCCCUGGAUGGCGUCCAUCACCCCCGAAGGCUUCGAGCAAUACUGCGGCGGGGUCCUGAUAACCGACCGCCACGUUCUCACCGCGGCGCACUGCACGAGAAGAUGGAAAGCCAAUGAGCUGUUCGUGCGGCUCGGCGAGUACGACCUGAAGCGGACCAACGACUCCAGGACGUACAACUUCAGGGUAGUGGAGAUAAAGCAGCACGAGGGCUUCGACAUGUCCAACUACAUGCACGACAUCGCGAUCCUCAAGCUGCACCGGCCCGCUGUCUUCAACACCUACGUGUGGCCGAUCUGCCUCCCACCAGCGAACCUCGACCUGGUCGAUGAGAUGGCGAUAGUGAUUGGUUGGGGGACAAAGUUCUACGGCGGGCCCCACAGCAACGUGCUAAUGGAGGUGUCCGUGCCAAUUUGGGAGCAUAAGAAAUGCACCGAAUCCUUCACAGCUGCCGUCUUCGAGGAGAACAUUUGCGCGGGCGGUCCCGAAGGCGGCAAGGACUCCUGUCAGGGAGACAGUGGGGGACCACUGAUGUACCAGAUGUCGAGCGGCCGCUGGGCUGUGGUCGGAGUUGUGUCGUGGGGUGUACGCUGUGGGGAGCCCCAGCACCCCGGUCUGUACACGCGUGUAGACAAGUACCUACCGUGGAUCAUACAGAACGUCGCCUUC